AUGUGUCUGCAUUCCUUUUUUUUCUUAUCUAAUACUGUUCAUACAUACCUAUAUCAGGUUGUAUUGAUCUAUGUUAGACUGGUUAUAAUUUUCUGUGAUUCUAUCUAUCCUGAUCUGUUUCUGUAUAUCUAUCUCCAUCUUUUAAUAUCUAUCCAAAUUUAUUCAUUAUCUACUGUUGAGUGUCUUAGUAUGUCCAUAUCUACCUCAUAUAUCACUGUCUAUUUAUCUAUCUCUAACAUCUAUCUAUCUAUCUAUCUAUCUCUAACAGCUAUCUAUCUAUCUAUCUAUCUAUCUAUCUAUCUAUCUCUAACAGCUAUCCUAUCUAUCUAUCUAUCUAUCUAUCUAUCUAUCUAUCUCUCCCAUUUAUAUCUAUCUAUCUAUCAAUCCCAUCUAUCUAAUCUAUCUAUCUAUCUAUCUAUCUAUCUAUCUCUAAAAUAUCUCUCUCUAUAUUUUUCUCUCUUCAAAAAUCUAUGCCUGCAAGCUAUCUCUUUAAAAAAUACCUCCCUAUCUAUCUAUCUGUUUUUAACAAUUCAUGUCUUCUCUUUAAAAGAGUUUGUCUUCAUAUUUCUGUAUCUGCCUCAGUGUUGCUAUCUAGCAGACCAUGUUUGCCUAUAUCUUUAG